AUGAAUCGUCAAACUUUUAAUUCUUUUUUAUUUGUUCUUUUAUCGAUUUUACUUGCAUUAACUAUUAUUGUUAAUGCCCGUAUUAAUAUACCUAUUAAUAAACAUGCUAAUAAACAUGCUGAUAAACAUGCUAAUAAACAUAGGCCUGUAAAAACUAAAUGCUCAACACCAACACCAACACCAACAUCGACAUAUACUAGUAGUACUACCGCGCAAGAUUGCUGUAAAGCAUGUAUAGUGGAUCCGGAUUGUUUUCAAUGGUAUUUUAUUGAUGGUGUUAGAUGUGUCUUGGACUACGGUGAUGUUUGUUUAAACGAAACCAGUACGCCAAGCGUAGAUAGUGCAGAAGGUGGUGUUAUUCGUUGUAGUGAUGGCAGUGGCA